AUGGGUGAUAAAGAUCAUCGUCAUCAUCAUCAUCAUCAACACACCACUCAUAGUAGUAGUAGUAGUAGUAGUAGUAAUAGUAAUAGUACUACUAGUAGUAAUAGUAGUAUUAGUAGUAGUAGUAAUAAUAAUAAUAAUAAUAAUAAUAAUAAUGGAACAAGUUUAAAUCAUUUUCUAAGUUCAUAUAAAGAAGGAAUGACAACACAAGGAGUCGGAGGAGGAGUGAUGAAAAGUUUCGGUACACAUAGAACUCAACCUUCAAUGACUACAACUAGUAGUAGUGGUAUCUCUUCAACCACAUCAUCACCAUCAGCAUCAUCAAGAACUCUUCCUCAAUUGGGAUCAGCUAGAUCAAAGUUUAGAUCUUAUCCCGAUCUCUAUGUACCAGAAAACUUUGAAGAAUUAUCACCUGCUUGGAAAGCACAAAGUGAUAGAUUAUGGACAGACUUUAAAAAUAGUUUAUGUUCAUAUCCUCAAGAAGAAAGAGAAAGUUCAGAGAAAUUAAAAUUAUUAGUAUUACAUUAUAAUCAACAAUAUGAUAAAUGGAAUAUGGAAUUACAACCAGAGAUUUAUGGAAUGAAGAUGAUGGAAGCCAAGAUACAGGCUACUCCACAACUAGAUGGUGAUUGUGUACAGUUUAUUAGCAAACAGUUGUGUAGUUAUAUGUUGGCACUGUCCAAGGCACUGACCGACGACAAUCUUGAUAUUCCCGACGGUCUCUAUCUCAUCUCACUCAUAAAUAUCUUGUCGCGACUGCCAUCCAAUCUGUCGGCACUCAGUCAAAUACUCACCCACCCAUUUCAAGCUGCUCGUUUGGCCGGUCACAAACUCACAUCAUUCAAAGAGCAAGAUUUACCAAGUUUCCAAAAAUGGUGGCCCUACCUCAAAGUAUUGCUAGGCAAUUGUUGUCAAAUCAUUAAUAAUUGUUCAAAUGAUCGACAUACUUGGCAAAUGAUAAGUAAAAAUAGACAUCGUGGUGAAACUAUCAAUAGUCAACAGGAAGAUGGAGAAUUAUCAACAUCACCAAAAUCAAAUCAACAAUCUUGGAGUGAUUAUACACAAUUUUCACCUUCAACUUCUCCUUCAUCUGGAUCGUCGGUUUCAAAUUCCAAUUCAUUAUCUUCUAGUUCCUUGGUCAAUGGAGGUGGAUCGCCUACAUUGACGUCGGUACAUAAAACACACCAAUCAUCUACACUUCAACGUCUACUUGGCUUGGGUGCUAUAAGCAUCCUAGUAGAUUGUUUACAAUUCUUUAACGAUUGGUAUAAAACAAAACAACCAAAGGAUAGUUCAUCAGCUUUUCGUUAUCUAUUAAUUGAUACUCUUGGUGUAUUAAUUUAUUCAAUUAAUAAUAAUCAAACAAAUCAAAUCAAUCAAAACUUUAGUAUUGUUGGAUCAAUUGGUCAUAGUAUGAUAUCUCAAUCACAACAACAACAAUCACAGUCAACUCAAAAAACACAAAUUUUAAAAGAAUCAGAUUUAAAGAGUAUCAUUAAUUGUAUAGGUAGAAAAUCUUUUAUCAAACCUUCUAAAAAGUUUUCUUCUCUAUCUUCUGAAUUUAAUUUUCAACUUCAUGUUUUACGUGUAAUUAAAGAAUUAAUUAAUAAUAAUUUAAAUUUAGCAAGAUAUUUUAUACAAUUUAAAGGAAUUAAAAUGAUUGAAGAUUUUAUAUUAUGGACUACGGAUUGUUUUCAACCACAAGAUUAUCAUUUUCAAACUGAUGAAGUUGCCAAAGAUAUGGAUGGUUCGGGAUCACCAUUUUUAGAUGCAACCAAUAAUACCACGUCAACUACUUAUGAUACAUUACAAUCGGUUCUGAGUAGUCUAAAAUAUACAACCUUUAGUUCUGAACGAUCAGUCAUCAAGGUACCAACGGCACUUCGUCGUAGCCGAGUAUCACAAUUGGUUCAAUUAUUCCAAGUGAUUCAAAGCUUGACCUUUACCAACAUCCCAAUCAACAAGGUCAACAUUACAACAAAUAGUAGUAGUAGUGGAUCAUCACUCAACCUUGUAUUACAACAACAUCAACUUCAACAUCAACAAUCUAUUGCAAGAGAUUCUGGUAAUAUUGUAAAUGAUUAUGUACUUAAUCAUAGUACUCCUCCAAGUUCACCAAUUAGUAAUGGAAAUAAUAAUAAUAAUAAUAAUAAUAAUAAUAAUUCACCAUCCAAUAAUAAUAUGAAUCAAUCACAAAUAUCUCCUUCAAAUAGUAGUUUGAAUAUUUCAACAAAUAGUUGGAAUAAUUUUCAAAUUAAUCAAAAUAACAACAACAACAAUACUAAUAAUAAUCAGAAUCAAAAUACAUUGUCAAAUAGUAAUAAUAUUAAUUUUAAUCAAAUACAACCAAUAUCUUCUUCAUUCUCUUCUGGAGGGUAUAGUAAAUUUUUCACAAUGAACAAGAAUGAUGGUAUCGGAGGUGACUCUUUAUCAUCAUCUUCAAUAAUAGGCAAUAACUAUAAUAAUAAUAAUAAUAAUUUUAAUAAUAAUCCAGAUGUACAAACACUUUCAGAUCAAAACCCAAAAAAACAUAUCAAUGUAUUCCUAAUUGAAAUGUUAUUGGAACAUUUAUUUAAAAACAACAAUCAACUACCAAACUUUUCAUCAUCCUCUUCAUCUUUAUCAUCUCCAACUUUAUCACCAACCAAUUCAUCUACUACAUUGUACAUGAUAAAGAAUAAUUAUCCAGAAUUACAAUUAAUCGUUUUGGAAUACCUUGUCAAAAUUGUCAUAGAGAGUAAUGAAACUUUGGAUCUACUUAGAAAAUACUUUAUUUGGAAUUUAAUCUUGUCUGAUUAUUUCUAUGAUGGUAAUUUUCAAAGAUUACAACAAUUACAACAAUCGCAAUCACCGUCACAAUCUCCAGCUUUAUCACCAGAUAGUGCACAAUCACAAUUAAGAACCAAUUAUUUAUUUAAUGGAUUAAGAACUAGUUCAUUGUCAUUGAUACAAUUCUUUGCAACUUAUAAUCAUAUUGACAAUUAUGAAGAAAUCAUGGUAUUGAUUGAAUAUAUGAAAAAGAAUCUUAAUCAUCCAGCCAAGAUUAUCGAUAUCACUCAACUAUUGAUAAACAUUACCAAACAAAAUCCAAAAUCAAUCCGUUCACUCGUUUCAAUGCACAUUUUUACCCAUCUUUCAGAUAUCAUUCAACAAUUGAUUCUAAUCAUGGAAAAGGAUACUAGUGGUACAUGUGAUUCUAUUUGGAAAAAGGCUAGAAAUAUCAUUCUAACCUAUCUUGGUCAAUUAAUUUCAAAUGAAGAACUAUCCAUUCAUGCAUUGGUAGAUACUCAUUUAAUUAGAGGUCUCUUUUUCCUAAUUCUACGUCCCGAAUUAAAACAAUAUGCUCAAUCUCAAAUAUUUCAUCUAAUGAAAUUAAAUCCAGAUAAUGAAUCAAAUUUAUCUGAAUUAUUUAAUAUUUAUAUUAGUAGUUUAACAAAGAUAAGAGAAGAAACAACAUUAGAAUAUGGAUAUGAAUUAAUAUUAUCAUUAUUGGAUGGUAUUAGACAAGUUGUAAAAAGUAAUCCAAAAAAACAACAAUUAUUUAAAAAGUUUGGUGUAUUUAUAAAGAUUGUAACAUUGAUCAAUGUUGAAGAUACACGUGAAAGAUUAUCAACCGUUUGUCAUUCAGUACUACGUACAAUCAUCAUCCUCAUCUCAAAUAGUCCAAAAAUCAAAAAACAUUUUAGAAAUCAUAUUGGUUAUGAUACUCUUAGAGAUUUAAUUGUACAAGCUGAAAAUCAAGUUUCAGAAACUACUAUGAAUUUAUUAUUUGAUAUGAUGGUUGAUGAUGAAUUUGAUGGAGAAUAUAGUUAUGUAAUUCAAAAUAGUGAUGCAGCAUUAUUAUUAUUUAGUUUAUUGAAAUAUUUUUCAGAACCUUUGCAACACAAGAUAUUGGAUACAUUUACACCGAUUGUACUUAAAUGUACUACGAAUCAAUCGGUUUGUUGUAAUUGUCAUUUAAUUUAUCAUCUUUUGGAAACCAUCAACGAAAAGAAUAAUCAAACAAUGGGAGUGACAACCAAGAUUUUAGUGUUGGUUCAGAAUUUGGGUGAUCAUUCAGUGUCGGUUAGAGAGUUGAAAAAAUUAUUCACUCUUUUAAAGACAGAGCAAGGUGAUAUUUAUCGUCCACCAACCACCUCUGCUUUACUCUCGACACUCCAAACUAUUGCGGUCAGUCGUAAUCCAGGACCUUCAGUCUACUUUGAUUUCGAUGGACAUGACAGUUUGAUUCGUUUGCCCACAUUUGACCAAUGGCCCUUCAACAAGGGGUUCUCGUUUUGUGCAUGGAUGCGUAUAGAGUCGUUUAUCGAUCCAACGGGUACACCAGACUAUAAACCACGUGUCUUUUCAUUCCUUUCAGAUAGUGGACAUGGUAUCGAGACACUCUUUAUCUAUCAACAGAUCCAAGUACAAACGGUGCAUGGUGCCAGUCACGGACAACCCAAACUCGUCUUUUCAAACAAUAUUGGUAGCAAGGACAGCAAAGACAAGGAGAAUAACGUGUCACCAACAUUUGAAGAGCGAAAGUGGUAUUUUGUGACCAUUGUCUACUCGGCCAACCGUUUCUCUGCCGAUGAAAUCAAGAUUUUCAUCGAUGGACAACAACGUGCCAAAGCUUCGAUCAAGAGUCUAAAGUUGGAGGGUGCAAUGACCAACUUUUGUAUUGGAAAUAAUGCCAUUGUCGGCCCGAUCGAUCGACACAGUCCUCUGUAUGGACAGAUGGGUGCAUUCAACAUUUUUGACGAUGCACUCUCUCCCAGUCAGAUCCAGGCCAUCUACAAAUUGGGUCCAAACUUUAACACUGCCUUUCAAGAUGUCGAAGGGUUGGGUACGGGUUCCAAGAACCUACAUACAUUUGACUCGUCCCUUACGAGUAGAUUGUUUUUAAACUAUAAUUGUCGUGCGAUUGAAGGUGACAUUUGUCUCGACAACUCGUUGGCCAGCGGUGGAGACCACAAUAAAGACGCCACACUCGUCUCGAUCAACCCGUGCGUGUCGCGUGAUAUCAAAGACAUUAUCUAUUGUCUCGGUGGUAUCAAGGUGCUGCUCCCUCUCAUCCCUCAAAUCAACAUGACACUUGCCGACCCGUCUCGCGAGCUCACUAGCAACAGCGAGCUUACCAUCCAGGUGCUCGGACUGUUCAAAGACAUGUUGCGUGGGUCUGAAGCCAACCAAGAAGAGAUGUUGCGUGUACAUGGGUUGUCGGUACUCUCAUACCUCUUGCAACAAGUGCCACCCGAGAAUUUGACACUUGACGCACUCAAAAUCUUCAAGGAAAUGUCGGCUCAAAUCACCGAGCCCUCUCUAGUGGAUGAGGUAUACACCAUGUUAUUACUCGACUUUAGGUUAUGGAUUCGUACAAGAUACGAGGUACAACGUAACCUACUCGAAACCAUCAAAAACCUUAUUCGAAACAAAUAUGAUCUUGUCAAGGAGAUUAUAACCAUUCAAGCAAUCAUUGAUAUCAUGUCCAACUUUUACUGGUAUGAAUGGCGCGAUGUUGGAGAGUCAAUCUACAUGACCAAGGAUAUUGUCAAGGGACGUCCAUCUGAUGAAGACAUUAAAGAGUUGCGUCAAUCUCUCUUUGACAUGUUACAUCGUUUGUUACGUAAUCCAGUGUCGGGUGAUGUUGCGGCAGUCUGUCGUUUCUUGACUGCUUCUCACGACUCUCGUCAACUCAUUGAAAUGAUGGAAUUUAUCAUUGAUCUAUUGUGUAAUCCCCAGUACCAACAUUUCUAUGAUGAACUCAUUCAGUAUGGUGGCACAGACAUCUUCCUCUCGCUGUUGAGAAAUGCCGAUGAAAAUGUACGUGUAUCAGCUCUGCAAGUGCUCACCAAGCUACAUUGCAUCUACACGCUCAGUAGUGUACACCAUCACGGUCAAGCUUCACCAGCCACCUCUUCACCCAUUUCAGCAGCUGCUCAAUCCUCUUCGACCACUGCAACACUCUCCAACAAACUACUCAAACGAAAACCAAAGAUAUUCCAAGACAGUAUCAUCAUUGCUCGUACUCUUCACAUGUUCCCUUUUACAUCAUUGACCUAUCGUUAUUUGAUGGCAUUUACGCUUGGAUUCAAUAUUACCAAGAGUACUUUCAAUUCGUGUCCAUCUUUGGAAGAUCUUACAGCAGAUGGGUGUACUGAAAUCGCUUAUCCAGAGGUACUUGGUAUCAUCCUCAAAUUACUUCUCGGUGCAGAUACGAUUAUCCUUCGUCAAAUGAUCCUUCAAGAAAUUAAAUUACUCAUAAGUAUUAAUGCUCAAAAUAGAACAAGUGCUCUCCUAAUCGAUCGUUGGCCAGAACAUUUAUUUUCUAUUAUUAAUGAUACUGAAAUUAAAAAUGAUACUCAAUAUUCAAAUGUAACAGAUUUAAUUAUUGAUAUUAUGAAGAUUUUAUCAAUUCAUAAUUUUAAUGAUGCAAAAGGAUAUAAAACAUUGGAAAAUAUUUUAGCAACUUUGAAACCAUUUGCUGAAAGAGGUGUUUUAGAUUAUCACUUUUUAAAUAGAACUUUAUUCCUAAAUAUUGUCUAUUCAAUCAAAUCUGAAGCUCAUACUUUAAUUAAUGAUCAUUCUUCUCCUCUUAUUAAAUCAUUUAAAAAAGCAUCAAUAUUUUUUGAUAAUUUAAUUAGAUUUUUAUUAAUUGUUGAAGAAUUUAUCUUUUAUUCACCAAAAGAUGAUAUAUCACCAUUGGCAAAUUCAUUUGUAUUUAUUGAAUUGGAUGAUAAUUCAGGUACUAGUCCAGGUUCAAGUAGUCCACCAUCUAUUCCUUCUACUUCUUCUUCUUCUAAUCAAUCAAAAUUACAUUUAAAUGAUAAAGGAGAAUGGGAAGAUUUUGUAUUGGUAAAGGAAUUGUUGGAUUUGACAGAUUCUAUUAAAUUGGUACAAUAUAGUUCAAAUGAAUCAUCAUACAAUUCAUUGCAAACUGGAAAGGUGGCAUCUAUAUUCAACAAUCAUCAACAACGUGUUAUUUUGAGAUUGACAUUAGAGUCGGUCAAAGAAGCAUGUAAAAAGACAGAUUGUAUCAAUUUGCUGAUUUCAAAUACCAUUAGAUUGAAAUCGAUUUUGGAAAAGGAUAUAACAUCAAAAUCUGAAGAAAGUUAUUUGCGUUGUCUCUACAGUCUUUCACAUCUCAUCAAGGCAACCAAAAACACAUUGGAAAAUAAUCUAACAUCCUAUCAGAAACUACUCUUCCCACACAUCAAAGAUAUGAUUAGAAAGUUUAGACAUGGUCUCACCAAUUACAUUGUCUAUCGUACUAUCAAUCCCAACUUUGAUCCAUCAAUCUAUAACAAUAGUAAUAAUAAUAAUAAUGGUAAUUUUGGUACGAGUGCUGGUACAAGUCCACCAGGAGGUGUUGGUACGCAGUCAUCUUUGAUUCCACCACCUUUACUUGGUAGUAAUAGUGGAGCACAGUCUACACCAUCUCGUUUCUCCAUCAUGAUGGGUAAAAACACCAGUUCCACUCCCAACAAUGAGAUUGAACACGAGGUGUCGGGCUGGGUAGCCGAGUUGUCAGACAGUACGAGAGCAGUUGAUUUUUGCACGAUUGCCAUGAUGUCGGUGCGUUGGCAAUACGUGUGCGAGUACAUUGAAGAGAGUGUGCUGGCGCAGUUUGCCAUCGAGGAAAAGGGUAUCGUCAUGUUGGUCGAACGUCGCAAAAAGAAGCGUAACAAAUACGCUCAAAUGCUCGACGACAAGGAAGCAGAGACAUUCACAGUGGCAGAGCGUAAAGGAGAUGCUGACCUCAAGAUCAUCGAGCGUAAUCUCCGUCAACCAGAGAUUGACCGUCGUCUGCUCUUGGUGCGUCAGUUGGAACAUGAAACGUUUGAAACGCAGUCAAAUUGGCGUCGUGUGCUUCGUUCACUGACCAACGAACGUGGUCCGUGGGGUAAUACUUCGGAUGCUGCCAAUGUGCACUGGAAGCUGGACAAGACCGAGAACAACAGUCGUAUGCGAUUCAAACUCAAGCGAAACUACAAGUUUGAUGAACAUGCAAAUUGUGCCAUCGACGAUGGAACCACGGGUGGCCCAUCGCACAAACAAGCCAUGGAAGAAGUGGCAGCUUUAGAGACAUUGUCGAGUGGUAGUGGAAGUGUCAAGGAUUCAUCAUUUUCAGAUAUCAAGGUCAAACCAAUAUUGAAUAAUGCAAAUGGUAGUGAUUCGGUUGAUACAGCAGACUGGAUCAAUCAAUAUGAAAAGUUGUUGGAUGAUAAUCUUACUACAACUAGUUCAAGUACUGUUGCGGGCAGUGCAGUUGGUAGCAACGUCAACACACCCACCUCCUCUUCCAAGGGUGAUCCUACCCUAUCCUCUUCUUCAACAACUGUCAAGGAAAAGAUGAUUUAUUCAACUAGAUGUGAUUGGGUCACUCCACUCAAUGUUAAAAAGGGUAAAUUGGAAAUUACAACUACUCAUCUUACAUUUUAUGAAGAAAAGGAAAAAGAGACAGUAUCUUCAUUGUCUACGACCGAACUCCCAUCACUUAUCAGUGCCACUAGCAACAACAAUAAUGGUGCAGACGAGGAAAUGGUAGACAAGGAUAACUUUGUAAUCACUAAAUCAUGGCCAUGUGAAAUGAUUAAAGAAAUUCAUCUACGUCGUUAUCUACUUCGUGGUAGUGCUUUGGAAAUAUUCAUGAAGGAUCAAACCAACUGUUUCUUUAACUUUCGUGUACAAGAUCGCAACAAGGUGUUUUCAAAGAUCAAUUCGGUGCGAAGAAACUACACCAAGGAAACAGCCUCUUUUAAUCCAUCGGAAACGUUGAAAAAGGCAACCAUCGAGUGGCAACAACGUCGUAUGUGUAACUUUGACUAUCUCAUGACACUCAAUACUAUUGCCGGUCGUACUUAUAACGAUCUGACACAGUACCCAGUAUUCCCAUGGGUCAUUGCCGACUACACCUCCAAGACACUCGAUUUCACCAAUACUGCCACCUUUAGAGACUUGACCAAACCCAUUGGUGCACUCAACGAGCGUCGUCUAGAAGUGUUCAAGGAGCGUUUCGAAUGUUUUGACGAUCCCGUCAUUCCAAAGUUCUUUUACGGAUCUCAUUACUCUAGUGCCGGUAUUGUACUGCACUAUCUCAUCCGUAUGGAACCAUUUACAACUCAUUUCUUGCAGAUGCAGGGUAGUCGCUUUGACCACGCCGAUCGUAUGUUUGACUCGGUGCAAGGUGCCUGGCAAAACACACUCACAUCAUCGACAGAUGUAAAGGAGCUGAUCCCCGAGUUCUUUUACAUGCCCGAGUUCCUCACCAACCACAAUGGAUUCAACUUUGGUGUCAAGCAGAAUGGCGUGCCUAUCGGUGAUGUUGUCCUUCCUCCUUGGGCAGCCACUCCCAACGACUUUGUUCGUAUCAAUCGUGAAGCUCUUGAAAGCGAGUAUGUGUCGGCUCACCUCCACGAAUGGAUCGAGUUGAUUUUCGGUACUAAACAACGUGGUCGUAAUGCUAUUGACGCAUUCAACGUGUUUUACUAUCUCACCUAUGAAGGUGCCGUAGACAUUGACGCUAUUGAAGAUGAGGUCACUAGACGUGCCACAGAGUCACAAAUCAACAAUUUUGGACAGACACCAACCCAACUCUUUUCAAAACGUGCACAUCCCCCAAGAGACGCGUUCAACGAGUGUCACCAAUCCAUCUUUAAGAGUCCCCAGAAUCUCCAAGCUUAUUGCCUCAAGAUUUCGUUCAAGUCACUUGUAUUUAUCUUUAUCCCCGAGGUUGUUCAGCCAAUGUCCUAUCUCUUGUCGGACAAGGUCACAGUGAUUGAUCGUAGUCGUACUGCAUCUAGUCACAAGUGGUUCCCCAAUUCUCAAAAUGACAAGUCUCCCUUUACACUAGAGUUGGAGCCCAGUAGCAGUAACAAACGUCGUAUUGGUCUACCAUUUGCCAAUGACGUGACCAUUUCACAAAGUUGUUUUGCUGUUACAUCUGACGGUCGUUAUGUUAUUAGUUGUGGACAUUGGGAUAAUAGUUUUAAGCUAUCCUAUGUUGACAGUGCCAAAUUGAUCCAGUCGGUUGUCAAACACAAGGAUAUCGUCACUUGUUUGGCAUGGGCUAGUAACAGUCAGACCUUGAUCACUGGCUCACGUGACACUACUUUGAUGGUUUGGAAUUUACAAACACACAAGAGUGGAUCACCACGAUUUGGUGAUGUACCAGCUCACAUUCUCUAUGGUCACGAUGAUGAAAUUACCUGUGUUGAUGUCAAUGUCGAGCUGGAUAUUUGUCUUUCCGGUUCAAAGGAUGGUACUUGUAUCAUCCACAAUCUUCGUCACGGUGAAUAUGUUCGAUCCAUUAUCCUCCCCAAACAAGCUCCCGUCACCAUUUGUGCCAUUUCCAAUCAUGGUCACAUUGUCAUUUACAGUCAAGCCGAUUUUGUCAUUUAUCUAUACAGUAUCAACGGUCAAUUCCUUCAAUCCGUUGAAACUCAUGAACGUCUAAAUAGUAUCAUCAUUACAAAAGAUUCUGAAUAUUUAAUUACUGGUGGUGACAAGGGUACAGUUAUCCUUAGAACUUUAUACAAUCUUAAAUUUGCUCAUAAAUUAAGUUUUGAUCAACCAAUUCAUUCUUUGGCAAUGGGAUCAGAUCAAAAACAUUUAAUGGUUGGUUUAGAAGAUGGUAGAUUAAUCAUUAUAGCUUCACAAAAUCAAUUACCAAAUCAAAAGAAAUAG